AUGUCCAACCUCUACCGUACCGGUCCCUCGUAUCAGGAUUUAUCUCAACCCACCUUCUCCCCAACUGCUCGUGAUGAGACUCACCGACGGUCCUUUCUCAAUUUGAAUCAACCACUUACAUCUAUCGGGAGAAGGCAGCCAAGCCAAAUCCAAACACCUGCCCCUAACCUAUACUUGCCUCAACCAACGUUUUCACCCACCUAUGACCCCGCAACUCAAAAUUUUCAGGUCGCAUCGCGCCAGCAGUUCAACAGGUCCGCGGAAAUUCACGACCCGCAUUGUGAAGGUGAUCGCUUUCGAAUCCAGCAGCCCACUGGCGGCAUCGCUUAUUACGUUGCGGACACAUUUUCCGACACCCCUUUGGCUCGUGGUGAUUGGGACUUUGGGAGUCCCCCGGUCUCCGACCCCAGCAUGUGUGGCUCAGUCUCAGUCCAGUACUACAGUUCCUCGGAAGGUUCUGUUGAACUGCUGGGCUUUCCAUGCGAGGAUCAGCUUGCAGCAUACGACGCGUUCGGCAAGCCUCGCUACAGUGCCGUCGAUUUACCCCCAUAUCACUCUCAACACCCUCCCAUUUCCCCUGCUCAACAUUCUUCAUACUCUGAGCUCUCAGCCAAUGUACUUUUUCUAUCGGAGCUCCGUCACGCUGAGUCGAAUUCGAAGAUUUCAAAAACUCCGAUUACCCCCUCCGAGCCCAACACUCAACAUACUUCUACUAAGGCGAAACGGAAGGAAAGGCCUUCUUCGUCUGAUUCUGAUCUAGACAUGGAUUUUAAACCACAUUUUCCAUCCUCCAGCCGUCGUCGAUCGGCUCCCGCGCCGGGCAAACAAAAGGUAGCGUCGGUGCCACCCCCACGUCAAUCGACCGCACCUCUGCCUAAGCCACACGCCCCGAAAAAAGAUGGAGAGCAGAAGAGGUUGAGUCUCGCAUGUCUAUUUUGCAGGGAGAGGAAAAUUGCGUGUGGUCGCCCAAGUGAGGAUGAACCUGACCAAACUUGCGCUCAAUGUCUGCGUCGAGAUCUCACAUGUGAAUACCCGAAGGAGUCGAGGCGAGGACAGCAUAAACGUGUUCCCAAGGAAAAGCCGGGCAUCGAUGAACACUAG